AUGAGGAAAAAUAACGAAGUUAAUUCCCAAAUUUUUGGCCAUAAAACGUGUGAUUCCCACGAAGCAGGUCAAUCAGGAAGAGCAUUCACAACAUUCCACGAGGAUUCCUUCUUUUUGUACUGUGCAAGCGUUCGUGCGAGUCAGUUGUUCUGGUUCAGCGCUGCUGGUUGCAAUUUUUACGUGAAAAACAACCAUCUCGCCCAGGAAACAUCUCCCAAAGCAUGGCUACUGCAGUUUGCUAAAGAUAUUGAGAAGCCCCAGGCGGAAGUUGCUUCAGUUCAUCGUAUUCGCAUCACCCUCACAUCCCGGAAUGUGCGUUCCCUGGAGAAGGUGUGUGCUGACCUGGUGACUGCCGCCAAGAAGCAGAAGCUCCGUGUUGAGGGUCCAGUGCGUAUGCCUACAAAAGUCCUGAAAAUUACCAUCAGAAAGACACCUUGUGGUGAAGGUUCCAAGACCUGGAAUCGUUUUCCAGAUGCGUAUCCACGAGAGGAUGCUUGACAAUCUGCACUACCCCCCGGAGAUUGUCAAGCAGAUUACAUCAAUCAACAUUGAACCAGAUGUAGAGACAAUCGCCGGAGCUUAAGAUGCCACAAGUUCCGGAAGAAAAAAAUAGAAACAAGAAAUAAAAAGGCAUUUCUCCCUGAA